CUUCCCGACUCUGUUGUUGUUGUGUCGAUGACGCGGAAAGCCUAGCCGGCCGAACGGCAAAUGAGUCAGCAUCAAUAAUCUGCCUUUCCGUUGAUGUGGGGAUUCAUCUAAAUCUCCCAGCAAAACAAUAAAAUAUCAAUUAGCCUCAUAAAAGCGAGAAAUGGCUGUUCCUGCACCCCCAAACCUGCAGCUGAGCACGGCGAGACAAAGCAGUCCUGUAAACUCCACAGAAAACGACAUCCACAUCGACGAGAAGCAGCUGGAAAACAUCAGCAAUAAUGUCGAGGACGGUACGUCGCUGCCGCUGCACUCGCCCUGGACCUUCUGGCUCGAUCGGUCAUUACCAGGUACAACGGCAGCGGAGUGUGAAUCAAAUCUGAAAAAGAUAUACACAGUACACACAGUUCAGAGCUUCUGGAGUGUGUACAACAACAUCCCUCCUGUGUCCUGCCUCCCUCUGAGGUGUAGCUACCACUUAAUGAGAGGAGAAAGAAGACCACUAUGGGAAGAGGAAAGCAAUGCAAAGGGAGGUGUUUGGAAAAUGAAAGUGCCAAAGGAAAGCACUUUAGCUGUUUGGAAAGAGCUGCUAUUGGCCACAAUUGGUGAACAAUUCACAGAUUAUUGUGCAUCAGAGGAUGAAGUGGUUGGAGUAAGUGUCAGCAUGAGAGAACGGGAGGACGUUGUUCAGGUCUGGAAUGGAAACGCCUGUUUUGCAAAUGAGUCAAAGGUUUUAGGAAGAAUCUACGAACUUCUUCCGCAGAUAUCUUUUAAAGCAGUAUUUUAUAAACCACACAAGGAGCACCAUGCGUUUGAAGGUGGUCGCUCAAGACAUUAGUAAGCUUUGCACAUUUGUCACAUUUUCUCAUUUUUUUUGGACUGAUCCUUGAAAAUGGACUGAAGACAGAAAAUCCCUCCUGGAUGAACAGAACUGUUGGGUUUUGCACUUGUUUUAUAUCGUAGAAAAUUUUUAAAGUGUUGUAUGAUCCUUCCACGCUUUUUGCUAAACUUUUCUCAUGCCAGAUGUUUAGGCAAUAUCAAUGAGAUCACAUAGCAGUAGCAUAUGUAAUGUAUUCAUCACAAACGACUGUUGCCAGUUAUAUUUUACCCACUUUUUUCUACGUUUAUUGAUCAAAUGUUCAGUUCAGUGACCAAAUUGCUGCUUUUUAGAGUAAAUGCUUUUUGUGUUAAAAACUUAACAUUUCCUUUACAGAAUAAGAGUGUCCAUUAUCAUGGAACAGUAUGUAAACUUUUAGGGCUGAUUAUCUUAGAUACACAUUAGAUUUGGCACUAGACUAAAUAGAAGACCAAGACUAAGCCUCAUCUGUUUCUGGGAAGCCACAUUUUAUGCAAAAGUAUUGCACAUUUCUCAAUAAAAAGAUCGCUUUGACUUGGAAUACUGAUUUCAAAGCAAAUCUAAGUGGGUGUAAAACAACCUUGUUUAUAACUUGUUUAAUGCAAAAUGAAUAUGCGAUUUCCCGUUUUCACCCAAACCUGAAUAUUCAGGUGAAAUAACCCGAUAUUAAUCCGAAUUUUUGUACCUGCUAGUCAAAAUUUCGCAACUGUGUUAUUACAUUACAGAUCAUGCAAACGGCUUUGCUUUUAUGAUUUUAAAAACUGUAUCCAGACCUGCUUCUGUAGUAUUUUAUAUAUGUGAAAUCUAUUUUCGAAUGGCGUCAUGGCACUGUUAGGUUCUGUUGAACUUCUCUUUUUCACAUACAACUUAUGGUUACUGCAUUGUGGCUGAUAUCUUGCAUUGUUUCAUGUAUUCCUGUAGCCCUUUUGUUUUAUAGGGUACUUUUAAGUGUCUUUGUCAGAACUGUCCAAAUGCUUCAUAUUUUCAUGGUCUGAAAUCAUAACGUCUGGAGAUUUUACUUACUCUUAACUACCUAUUAAUUCACUAUAAUCACACUGUGUCUUGUAUCAGAGUGCUUAUUAUUGUAGUCUGUUUUAUUGUGUUUUGGAAUGGAUGGUUAUGUUGGAAAACGUAUGAGCGAAGGGGAUCUAAUGUCGAUAUUGUCAAAUUAUGAAACUGACAAACACCUGUGUAAUCAUCAGAGCAUUUUGAUGAAUAUAUUUUUAGUUUUUCAAUGCCAAAGAUGUAUACCCUUUCAAUUCUCCUGUAUUAUUCAUCAUUGUCUGUUGAAAUAUAAAGAUAAAGAUAUGCAUAUUAACUUGCAUAGAGGGAAUUAAAACAGUGUUUCUCAUGUUUUUCUUUCCUUUACUGGUGUAGUUCAUAUUUUGCUUUGUUUCCCAUGGUGCUGUGUGUAAUUUAUGUGUCAAUAACUACAAGCCCAAUAAGACCUGCAUUGUGAAUGAUAUCCUUUAAUGCACUAAAAAGCACAAUUAUCAGUCAGUCCUUCAUAUGGGCAGAGAUGCAAAAUAACUUGCAGCUGACCUUUCAUAUUUCAGCCUUUUCCUACCUAUCACGGAUCAAUUUUUAAGACGAGUACUGUGGAUUUUAGGAUUAUUUUUUGGAGCAUUUUUGUCAGAUUUCCAGGGCUCCUAAUCAGGUUCCAAAAUCUCAAACUGAUUGUCAAUCUUCUGGAACGGUGCCUUGUGUUCUCCCAGGGUUUCACUCAUAGAAUGUUCUGUCUAUCUCUGUGUAUUUUAUCAUUUAUAAUAUAAUUUACUUUUCUUUUUUUGCUUAUAGAUUUUUAAAUAUUGAAUAAAUAAGAAGCAGAAUUCAA